UGGGAAUGAGGUCCCUCUGCAGGGCUUCUGGGAAAGGAACAUGGCAGCUCGCCGUCUGCGGUCUGGGCUGGGCCAGCUGUUUGCGACAAGGACUGCGCUGGGGCGCGGAAGACGAGCUUACAGCAUGUCCCAGGCCUUCGCGGAGGUUCUACGGCUGCCAAGCAAGCAGCUGACGAAGCUUGUGUUCCCGCUUCAAGAACUCGAGCGGCAUCUCGUCCCGGGCUCGAGACCGGACUUUCACCUUAAGACCUUCGACCCGAGCCUGGAGGAUAUCGCGAAGUCCGACAGCGUCUUCACGGCCACCGUCCGGAACCGCAUCGAGUACCUCAGCUCCGCCGUGAGUCUCGACCACGCCCCGGACCUCCUCUGCCCUGAGGUAUGUUUUAUAGGCAGAAGCAAUGUUGGAAAAUCCUCUCUCAUAAAAGCUUUAUUUUCACUUGCCCCAGAGGUUGAAGUUAGAGUCUCCAAAAAACCGGGGCACACAAAGAAAAUGAAUUUUUUCAAAGUUGGAAAAUAUUUUACAUUGGUGGACAUGCCAGGUUAUGGCUAUAGAGCACCUGAAGAUUUUGUCAAGAUGGUAGAAACCUAUCUAAAAGAACGAAAGAAUUUGAUGAGAACAUUUUUGUUAGUGGAUAGUGUUGUUGGAAUUCAAAAAAUGGACAAUAUUGCCAUAGAAAUGUGUGAAGAAUUUGCAUUACCAUAUGUGAUGAUAUUAACAAAAAUUGACAAAGCUUCCAAGGGACAUCUUUUAAAACAAGUACUUGAGAUCCAGAAAUUUGUUGACACUAAAACACAAGGAUGUUUUCCUCAGUUGUUUCUUGUAAGUGCUGUGACCUAUUCUGGAAUCCAUCUGUUGAGAUGUUUUAUAGCAAAUAUAACAGGAAAUCUUAAGACUAAUGGCUUCCAAGUUAGCUGAAGAUUCAGAAUUCUCUAUGCCAGCUGAAGUUAAACAAGUAAAAUUUCAACAUUGUUUUAAAUGUUGUGUAUGUGUAACUUGUGGAAGGAUCACUUCAGCCUUAAAACCUGCAUCUUCCCAAAGCCAAGAAUGAACUUGUGCCUGGGUGGAAAAUGUUUAUAAAUGAUUGAACUGUGUUGUUCAUUAGGACGGAUACUAGCAGUUUUUCCUAUUUUAACAAACUGACAAGAGCACGUGGAAGUUCAUAAAAUGAAGACCUAUUUACUACUGCUUAAACAAGGGUUUGCCAUGUAUUGGGUUUUUGUCUUUUAAAGAGAAUGUCUAUUAAGUGUAUUUUUUUAAUGUUACAAUGGACUAGGUAAAAAGAGGGCUACUUUUCUGUUAAGCACUGAUAGGUAGGUUGAAGAUAAAUUCUCCUAUGUAUGGCUAUAAUUUAUCUUUUUUGGAGUCCUUAUUUAAAUAUAAAAAUUAUUCUUGAUAAAUUUCAGUCAGUCCAUGCUGGAAACACCAGUCAUUUCACCUUCAGGUGACCACAGGACUCAGAAUCAGAAGAUUAGAAUUCAAGUUCCAGUUCUAGUAUUUACUAUAUGUUGGAAGUUGGGCAGAUUACUUGAGUUCUCUGGAUUUCUUUUGUAACUCUUACCUCAGAAGCUAUGAAAAUUAAAAUGUGAAAAAGA